AUGACUCCUUCUGCCAGCCUGCUGCUGCUGCUCCUGCUCGGCCUCUCUCAGGCUCAUCCUCUCCAAGAGGAAGGAAACGAAGAAGAAGUCCCAGACACCAUUGACAUUACCACUAGGAUUUUGACUUCCAACAACGCCACCAAUGAGAUCCUGCUGGAAGGAGACCUGCUAGCUCCCAGAACCAGAAACGCCAUGGUGUGCUGGUCCAAGAGCUGCCUUUGGAGGAAAGCCUCCAAUGGUUUAGUGAUGAUCCCCUUCACCAUGAGCAAUGAGUUCAACAGCUGGGAGAGGCAGAAAAUUGACGCUGCCAUGAAGUCCUUUCACAGCAGUACCUGCAUCCGCUUCGUCCCCCGUCAGAACGAGUACGACUACAUCAGCGUCGAGAACAGAGCCGGAUGUUUCUCCGCUUUGGGCAAAGAGGGCGGCAGACAGGUGCUCUCUCUCAACAGGCAGGGCUGCCUCUACCACGGCAUCAUCCAGCACGAGAUCAACCACGCUCUGGGCUUUCAGCACGAGCAGACCAGGAGCGACCGCGACUACUACGUCAGGAUCAACUGGGAGAACAUCGACCCGCAGAUGGCCUACAACUUCUACAAGCAGUCCACCAACAACCUGAACACUCCCUACGACUACUCCUCCAUCAUGCACUACGGAAAAACAGCCUUCUCCAUCCAGUACGGGAGGGACUCCAUCACCCCCAUCCCCGACCCUAACGUCCAGAUCGGCCAAAGGCAGGGCAUGUCCUACUGGGACAUCAUGAGGAUCAACAUGCUCUACGGCUGCUAA